AAUUGUUGAUGAAAUGCUGCUUAUUCGCCCCUCUCAAAGACUCGACAUAUAGUCUUACAUAUUGCCGCCGUAUAUUGGGGUGUUCGUCGUCUCGCCUUUGCCGACCCUGGCUGACGGGCCCUGGGAGAGUUCGCCGGCAGGCAGCGAGAAGGGUCUAGUAUAUAAAAGGGCGGGGGAAGACGUCCGUCGCAGCGGUGGAGAGAGCGUCGAAGCUGCCAUUUGUCCCUCUUAGCUCCUAGUUGUAGACUAGGAAUUGUGUCCUGCGGUAUCCGUGACAAUGCGCUAUCGUCUGCUGUCGACCCUCGUGGCUGCGGCUACUGUCGCCGCCGUCGAGACUGCUACCGAGACGUACGAAUACGUCGUCGUCGGAAGCGGCCCUGGCGGAGGCCCCCUGGCCUGUGACCUGGCGAGAGCCGGUUACAAGACUCUCUUGAUCGAGGCCGGAGGCGACGAGGGAGACAACCCGACGUACUCGGAGCUGGGCAACUUCCUCGAGGCGGCCAACGAUGAGGCGACGCGCUGGGACUUUUGGGUCAAGCACUCGGACGACCCGAAACGGGAGCUCGAGUUCAAGCACAUGACCUGGGACACGGGCGACGGCACCUUCUAUGUCGGCUUGAACCCGCCGGCGGGAGCGAAGCAGCUGGGGAUCCAGUAUCCGCGCGCGGCCGUGCUCGGAGGCUGCGCCAUGCACAACGGCGGCGUGUGCUCGCUGCCGCAAGACGAGGACUGGAACCUGAUCGUCAACGCCACGGGCGACACGAGCUGGGAGGCCAGCAAGAUGCGCCAGUACCUCAAGAAGAUUGAGAAGAACGACUACCUGCCGUCGGGCAACGCGGCCCACGGAUACACGGGCUGGCUGUCGACAUCGACCGGCGACGCGUCGUGGGCCAAGAACGACAGCCUCCCGGCGACCAAAAUACUGAAAAAGAUGGCCGAGCUGACGGGACAGAACCCGGCCGACGUGGCCAGCCUGGCCAACAGCGACAUCCUGGGGGCGUACGACAACAAGGACGACAUCACGUCCUUCUACAACAUGGUGCAGCACGCCGACAAGAACGGCAAGCGGUCGAGCCCCAACAACUACGUGCGGGCGACGUUGGCCGACCCCAAGAAGUACCCGCUGACGCUCAAGCUGCACACGCUGGCGACCAAGGUGCUCUUCGCCAACGCCACGGCGGCGGGCGGGCUGCCCAGGGCCAUCGGCGUCGAGGUCAUGGAGGGCGCGUCGCUGUACCGGGCGGACCCCAAGCACGUGCCGGGCACCAAGGGCAACACGACGCAGAUCCUGGCCAGCCGCGAGGUCAUCGUGUCUGGCGGCGCCUUCAACUCGCCGCAGCUGCUCAAGCUCAGCGGCAUCGGGCCGGCGGCGGAGCUGCAGAAGUUCGGCAUCCCCGUGAUCAAGGACCUGCUAGGGGUGGGCGAGAAGCUGGCCGACAACUACGAGGGGUCGCUGCUGGGGCUCGCGACGGAGCCCAUACAGGGCGCGGGCCUCAUCACCAUGAUGUUCCGCACGCCGUCGGCGCCGACCAAGAAGCGCAACAUCUUCACGUGGUGCGGGGUGCUGUCCUUCGAGGGCUUCUGGCCGGGGUUCCCGACCGACUACGGGCCGCACGAGUACGAGUGCGCCAUGGUGCACAUCGGGCCCAAGUCGCAGGCCGGGUCGGUGCGGCUGCUGUCGGCGGACCCGCAGGACGUGCCCGACAUCAACUUCCGCUUCUACGAGCACAACGGCGACGUCGACCUGCACGAGCUGGUCGAGGGCGGCAAGCUGCUGCGCGAGGCGUGGCAGGCGGCCGGCGCGCCGACCCUGCCCUUCAACGAGCUGCAUCCGUGCCCGGGGACGGCGGCCGGCGCCAACUGCUCCGACGCCGCGCAGGCCGAGUCGUACAAGACGCAGGCCUACUCGCACCACGCCACGUCGACGUGCGCCAUCGGCGGCGACAAGGACCCCAUGGCCGUGCUCGACUCAAAGUUCCGCGUCCGCGGCGUUGUCGGCCUGCGCGUCGUCGACGCCAGCUCCUUCCCCGUCGUCCCCGGCGCCUUCCCCAGCCUGCCCACCAUGAUGAUCAGCACCAAGGCCGCCGAAGACAUUAUUGCCGACGCGCAAAAGGCGGGCUAGACGCUGCCCGUAUCUUAGGUGCCUGUGGAUGUAUGACUGUGACGUAGGAAUACGCGAGGAACCACCUGGGAACGGAACAUGACUGUAGUGUAUAUAAAAAACGAAUCGAAAAAGUACGGAUAAGCCGUUAUUUGGAUUGUGCUGUGGAUAGGUAUUCGUGCCGCACGUAGCCUCACCUCACCGCCGUGUGUGCUGUGGAAUUCCUAGAACAU